AUGAUUGUGGCCUCCUCACCCAUGAGAAACCGGAAGCGGAGCGGCUCCGGCCGCGGGUCCGAGGCGCUGCCUCCGCUUUCUUGCGCACUCUCGGUCUCUCCGCCUCCCGGACCCUCGGGGACUGCUGUCGCCGGGGCGCCGCCGCCGCUUCCCGCGCGAUCCGGGCCCGGUUACCGCAGCCGCUUUCUGGACGCCAAGCAGCUGGGGCGGACCUGCGUCUCUCGGCGUGGGAACAGAAAGAGGAGGCCCUGGAGCUGCAUGGAGAAUGUAGGCCUGGGCUCUGGAGGCCGGAGCCUGUUCACCUUCAGUACGGCCCUCACUGCACAUUUAAGAACGCACAGUGGAGAGGAGCCUCAUGAAUGUAAAGAAUGUGAGAAAGCCUUUCAUUGUUCCUCAUCCCUCAUUACACUUACAAGAAUAACUCACAGUGGAAAGAGGCCUCAUGAAUGUAAGGAAUGUGGGAAAGGCUUUAGUAAGGCCUCCCGCCUCACUCAACAUACAAGGACUCACAGUGGAGAGAGGCCCUAUAAAUGUAAGGAAUGUGGGAAAGCCUUUAGUCAGUCCUCCUCCCUCACUCAACAUAGAAGGACUCACAGUGGAGAGAGGCCCUAUGAAUGUAAGGACUGUGGGAAAGCCUUUAGUCAGGCCUCACACCUCACUCAACAUAGAAGAACUCACAGUGGAGAGAGGCCCUAUGAAUGUAAGGAAUGUGGGAAAGCCUUUAAUCAGGCCUCACACCUCACUGAUCAUAAAAGGACUCACAGUGGAGAGAGGCCCUAUGAAUGUAAGGAAUGUGGGAAAGCCUUUACACAAGCCUCUUACCUCAUUACACAUGGAAGGAUUCACAGUGGAGAGAGGCCUUAUGAAUGUAAGGAAUGUGGAAAAGCUUUUAGGAGUUCCUCUCAUCUCACUAAACACUUAAAAACUCACAGUGGACAGAGACCUUUGGAAUGUAAGGAAUGUGGGAAAGCCUUUAGUUGUUCCUCAUCCCUCACUGCACAUGUAAGAACGCACAUUGGAGAGAGGACUUUUGAAUGUAAGGAAUGUGGGAAAUCCUUUAGUAAGACCUCAUACCUCACUCAACAUACAAAGACUCACAGUGGAGAGAGGCCCUAUGAAUGUAUGCAAUGUGGGAAAGCCUUUAAGCAAGCCUCAUACCUCAUUACACAUGGAAGAAUUCACAGUGGAGAGAGGCCUUAUGAAUGUAUGCAGUGUGGGAAAGCCUUUAGUCAUGCUUACUCCCUCUCUAUACAUAAAAGGACUCACAGUGGAGAAAGGCCGUAUAAAUGUAAGGACUGUGGGAAAGCCUUUAGUCAGGCCUCAAACCUCACUACACAUAGAAGAACACACAGUGGAGAGUCCUUAUGA